AUGGGUGACAUACGUCAAUCCUUGUUGCCUCGUGAUGUUCUGAGUGCUGCCAAGGAGCUGCUGUACCAUUUGGACAUAUACAUCAGCAACCUGGUGCAGUCGGGGAGGCAUCCUCCUCAAGUGGACACGAAAACCUUGGAGCUUGUGGAAGAAUUUAUUCUGCAUGCACCUAAGGACAGAAACGCACUCACCAGGAGAAUGAGUGCACUUCAGGAGCUCCAACUAUUGGAGAUAAUGUGCAGCUGUUUCCAGGAACAGAGCCGCGAUACUGUUCGUCAUCUUAUGUUUUCCGCCCUCUUCAGCCUCCAAGGAAACCAGGCAGAUGACAACCGCAUGGGACUGCUAGGCAAGCUGGUCUCUAUGGCAGUUGCUGUAGGCAGAGUUCCCAUUUUAGAAUGUGCUGCCACCUGGCUGCAAAGAACCCAUCGGGUAUACUGUGUUCGCCUGGCGCAGGUUCUGGUAGAUGACUACUGCAGCAUGAUGCCAGGUUCAGUUCCUACUUUACAGAAUAUUCACAGUGCCAGUCCUCGCUUCUGCUGCCAGUUCCUCACUGCAGUUGCCACUCUCUAUGACUUCACCUCAGAGGAGCUCAUUCCUCCCCUAGAGCUCCUCCAGAUGAUUGUGUCAUGGAUCCAAGAUGACCCUCACCUUGUUCUGGUCAACUUCCUGAAUGCUCCACUGUCAGGCAGCCAGCCAAUCACCUCACUCGAUGUUACGCCUCUAGGUGGGCUGGUGCACUGGUGUGUCAAAGCACCACUAGGCUACAGGAGGGAUAAAAAGCUGGCGUCUCCACACAGCAGCUGCAAGCAUGAGCAGGAAGUAGCGGAUCUUUUCUCAGCACUCCAUUUGAGUGUCCUACAGGUCUUUAUGCUCUUGCCAAACAUACUCAAUGAGAAAGGCAUUUUCGGUCGCCUGGCACUCCUUCAAAUGGAUUCCUUGGCCUCGCUGACUUCUGAUCUUUCCCGGCAAUUGGACCAGGCCGACAAACACGCACACAGGUCAACGGCUGACAUACAUGCGCUAACACAGCUAGCUCUGGACAGGCUGGCUCAGGCCCUGCAGGUUGCCAUGGCCAACGGAGCCUUGCUGUGUUCAAGAGAGGACCUGAGAGCCAUCUGUUCACGCCUCCCUCACAACAAUUUACUCCAGUUGGUGUUGUCGGGUCCAGUGAUGUACUACAGCAGCAUCCACACGCCCCCUCUGGCCUUUAGCCCACACGCAUCCCACUCACCCAUUGCCUCACACCCCAUCCAUGCCCCCCACACCCCGGUGGCCUCCCAUCCCCAGUACUCAGCGCAGCCCUUCAUGACAGGAAUACCAUUCCCCUUCCGACACAACCACUGA